ACCAUUACCAUUGGUGAUGUCGGCUGCCUAGGUGAAAGGAAACGGAUCGAUCUUGGUGCUCGAAAAAGAUGAUCCGGAUUCGGCGUGGAUCUGGUAUUUCGCUGCUGUUCUGCGGUGCCUUCUUAUACGUGCUGCAAGGUCUCACUGAUGGGUGCAUCGUGACCGCUCCUAGCCUCGUCCGGCUGGGCGCUCAAGAAACGGUACUCAUCAUGAACAGGGGAGACGCAAGCAGAAAUGUCACACUGCAGGCAACCGACUACCCUGCUGAAGCUCGCCUUCUCUUUAUGCAGUCGUUUCUUCUCAAAAAGGGUGAGGAGAAACUCGUGUACCUGAGACUCAACGAGACAAAAUUUUCCAGCGAGGACCUCCAGUCAAAUCGUUCGAUGCUUGUUUCCCUGAGAGUGCAGUGCGGUGUCGAGUUCAACAAGACGGCAGUUUUGGUGCUGAAGCCGAGUUCGGGGUACAUAUUCGUCCAGACGGACAAGCCCGUCUACAGCCCGGGGCAGGACGUUCUGAUACGAAUUGUGGCUGUGGAUGAAGCCUUGCUUCCUUCGGUCAACACCGUUCACCUCGAGAUCAAGAACCCGCAGGACGUUCUGUCCUACGUAUGGGACGUUCCGUCCGGGGCUCCGAACACCGGCCUGAUCAGCCACACGUAUCGCCUGCCCAAGUACCCGAUGUUCGGCAAGUGGAAAGUCAUCGUGACGUAUGGACGGCAUAAAAAUCGAAAAUCCGAGGUCUCCUUUCAAGUGAAAGAAUACGUUUUGCCAACGUUUUCUGUUCAUCUUCUGGUGCCGAAGGUGAUUCUGCCGAGUGGGCAAGAUGACAUCACCGUGAAAGCAAGCUACGUUUACGGGGAGUCGGUAAAAGGCUGGGCCAUUGUUACGCUGUCGGUGCGGAACGAAGUCAACCACGACGUCAAGUUUGGGACAAAACUUGUGGCUGAGCUGGCUGACGGACGUGCAUUCAUCAGGGUUCCCGUUAAGGAGCUUAAGAACGGAAGCGAGUGGAAAGACUGGGUCGAUGGCAACCGACUUUCUGUACGAGCCGUGGUGGCCGAGGAAGCCACGGCGAAACAGGAAGCUGCGCUAGAUGAUUCGGCAAUUUUCAGCAAUACGCCUUACACCGUCAGUCUGGAGAAUGCUCGACGAGAUUUCAAGCCUGGCACGCAAGUCGCGGUUGUGGCAGACAUUCGCCAUGCGAACGGCCAACCAGCCAGCGAUGUUGAAGCGAAGAUAACGGUGACCUAUGAAAAUGGCACAGCGGCGAGCGACUUAUGUAAGUUUCCUACGAUGAAAGCGAAUAAAGAGGGCAAGGCGCGGUUUUUCAUCGAUACGCAACGAGGUCAGCAACGGCUGAACAUAACGGUCCGCACACUCAACGACCGUCCGUCGGAAGCCUCGGCAACGCUGGUCAACUACACGUCACCGGUGAACGCCUUCAUCGCUAUAGAACAGAAGUCCUAUAACACAGACGACCUCGAAGUGGGUGACAACUUCAACAGGUACCUGACAGUAUACCCAGACGACUUCGCCACACUGUAUUACCAGGUUAUGGUACGUGGCAAGAUCGUGGCACACGGAAACGCGGAUCCAUCGGGCCAGUAUAAAUAUCACGUGUACUUUAAGCUCACAGAAGAGAUGGUUCCCAAGUUUAGGUUGCUGGUCUUCGGCUUCCACCAGGGGCACGUGGUAGCCGACUCGGAAGACUUCGAGAUGGGCGAACGCUGCUCCUUCUCAUCUACGAUAAACCUGUUUAUCAACCGGGACCGCACGGAGCCCGGUGAUCAGAAAGUAAUUGGCGUCCAAGGAAAGGAGAACACGACAGUCGGUCUACUCGCUGUGGACAAAGCUGCGUAUCUUCUCGGCGACGCCAGCCUGCUCACGAGAAAGAAGCUAUUUCGGUCACUUCGCUCACACGACCCAAGUUGCGGCCCAGGCGGAGGUGUCACGGCGGAAGAGGUUCUCGCUAACGCUGGCGUCGUGAUAAUCUCGGCUGAGGACUCCGCGGACAGCAUCACUUCAGAAAACAGCUGCGCUGCCAGGGCUCAUCGUCGCAAAAGAGACGUUCGCGAAGCACGGUUUCGAUUCACCACUCCGUUAAUGCGACUCUGUUGCGAUGUGGGCACGUUGCCGGACAGACUGCGGAGGCACUGCUCUACUAGGGAGGACAUCAUCCGGCGCCACUUCAACAGCCCAGAAGGCAACGAAUGCGCUGACGCAUUCGCUUAUUGCUGUGCUCGUACAUUCCAAUUCAAGGACGGCGGGCCUUCGUUAAUGGAGAAUUCCUACCUGCCAAGGGCUCGCGGUGGAAGUAAUCAUCUCGACAUGCCGGGUGGUCUUGAAGAGGAAGAUUUGUCUGACAAACUGCUGAGGCAGGACUUCCGGGAGGCAUGGCUGUUUGAGCAAGGAACAAUAGGGGACAACGGCUGGUACAACCGUUCAUUCAGUUUGCCGCACAGCAUAACAACGUGGUCUGUUCAGGCAAUGGCCGUGUCUCCUGAAGGAGGCGUUUGUGUCGCCGAACCUGUGGACGUGGUGGCUUUCCGGAAAGUGUUCCUCCAAGUCAGCUUUCCCUCGACGGUCGUCAGGAACGAACAAGUCGAGAUAGUGGCAACCCUGUUCAACUACGACACGGAAUCGCAGGACGCAACAAUCUCCUUGUACGGCGAUCCGGGCUUGUGCAUCGCGUCGAAGCAUCCUCGGCUGCCACACGUAAAGGUGAUAAAAGUGGAGAAGAAAUCCGCCGGCAGCGUCAGCUUUCCCGUGGUUCCCCUGCGUCAGGGAACCUUGCCCGUUCAAAUUCACCUCCGAAGCACCGGUUAUGCCGACCGUGUUAGGAAGACUUUAACAGUUGUGCCUGAGGGGACGCCACAUGAACAGAGCUUCUCGGUGACAAUUGACCCAAGCAACGAACAACGCCGGAGGAAGAGAGCCGUCGUGACCAGGGAGUACAGAGAUGUUUUGGAGGAAGACAACGGACGACAGGUGAUAACUAUAAUUCCACGUUAUCCCUACGACACAGUUCCGGACACAGAGUCGUGCUCUGUUUCCGUCAUAGGCAGCGAAGCGGCUACCGUUGGGGGAGCGGCCAUUGCGAAUGUCGAGUCACUGAUAUCGAUGCCCAAGGGUUGCGGAGAGCAGACUAUGAUGAUUAUGGCACCGGUCCUCUAUGCGUACAAGUAUUUAAAGGUGAAGAAAAUGUUAAACGAAACCGACAGAGGCAAUGCUCUCAAAUAUCUUCUCGAAGGGUACGGGCGAGAGCUGAAGUUUAGAAACGAGAAUGGAUCGUUUGCUACAUUCGAGAAGAGGCCCGGGAACGUAUGGUUGACAGCCUUCGUGCUCAAGGUUUUCUGCGAGGCCCAAGAUGUUAUCGACAUUAGUCCUGACGUCAUAGAAAAAGGAUUAUCCUGGCUUUCGAGGCAGCAACAGCCCGACGGAAGCUUCCAAGAGCUUGAUCCCAUUUUACACCGAGAAAUGCUGGGAAGCGUUCAGGGAAGAACGGCGAUGACGGCGUUUGUUCUGCUGACGCUUCAAGAAUGCGCGGCUGCAUCAGCUUCUCUGUCGGAGGGGGUCAACACGACCAUUGCGCGGGCUCGAUUUUAUAUCGUAGAACGCCUGGAUGCCAUCAAAUUUCCGUACAUAGCAGCUCUGACGGCAUAUGCACUGAGCUUCGUUCCCGGACCCGACCGGCAAAAGUCGAUGGACGUCCUAAGAGCGCACCUGCUCGAAGACACAGAUAUGAAUACACUUAGCACGGGAGAUGAGGCUACAGGUAUCGACGUGGAAGGCACGGGCUACGCUCUUCUGGCUCACCUCAAGCAUCGUGACCUCGACUCGAGCAAGAAGUUUGUCAACUGGCUUCUUCGGCACCGGUCAGCUUCCGGGUCGUUUGUGUCCACGCAGGACACCGUCGUAGCACUUCAAGCCCUCUCGGAAUUCUCCAUACAAAUUUCUAAUGCCGCCCCUGACAUCUUUGGAGUAGUCUUCGCUGAUAAUACUCUUCAGGACUUCCGCGUUAAGCGAGAGAAUGCUGCUCUGUUGCAAGAGUUUACGAUCGUCGACGCCAGAGGAAAAAUUGUCGUUAACGCAUCUGGAAUGGGCACGGCAGCACUGAAUGUGAGGCUGAGAUACAACAUUCUGGCCCCACCCCAACAAGGCUGCAAGUUUGAUCUUUCUGUUGCAGCCGAAAUGUACAGCGAAAGCGGAGGAGGUCCUGGAAAGCUUCCCGUAGACCUACUACAAAAGAUUGGUGUACAGGGGUCCCACCUUCCACCCAGGCAUCGUGUUGGGCGAGCACAGGGAAAACCAAAAAACAAGCCUGAUAAAGAGCCUACGUAUCAAAUAAAAGUGUGCACCAGAUACUUGGGCAGAAAUGAAUCAAACAUGGCUAUUGUGGACGUUGGAAUUUUCACUGGCUUCAGGCCGAUUAAGGAUGACUUGGAAAAAGUUGCCAACGAGACGGCAGGGGUAGAAUCUUACGAAGAACGGGAGAACGGCGUCAUCUUUUACCUUAAAACGAUGAAAGCGGCGACGGCCACUUGCCUAAAGUUUCGGGUUGAAAGGGAAUUUGCAGUAGCAAAUCUUCAGACUUCAACCGUGAAGGUGUACGACUAUUACAGACAAAGCGACAAUUGCACCCAGUCCUACAGACCAGAUCCAGCGAGCGCUUCGGUGAAGCUCUUCUGCGACGGCAACAUGUGCAAAUGCGCUACAGCGGAGUGUCCUGUCAACGAAACUUUCACUAAUGUCAUCAAACCGGGCAACAGUUACAAGGAGUCGAACAGGAUGGCCCUCAGAAGGAUUGCAUGUGACGACCAUGACUUCGUGUGGCGAGGAAAAGUUUCUGCAAACUACGUCCUCGCAGGUUAUAGGCACGUAGCGUUCCACAUCGACAAAGUUAUAAAAGAAGGUGAAGAAAAUAGCCGCACUCUUCAAAACCAAACGCGACUUUUUCUUGGCCGCCAGUUGUGCAACACGUCAAACCUCGACGUCGGACGUCAGUACGUCAUAUUCGGCAAGGACAGCGAUGACGACAUCACGGAUGGAGGUUUAAGCGUCAGGUACCCGCUGAAUCACAGAGUUCGGAUCUAUCACACUUCAAGAGGUUCCAAACUGUCAAAGGAAGAAAAAAGUGUGCAAAGAGCCAUAGCGUGGCUCUCGAACGGGUUUACCAGCGACGGUGGCUGUAAUGAAUAAAUGUUUCAGAACAGCCACUUGUUCUUGGUGUUCAAAGUUGUCGUUAGGAGCGCGUGAAAAACGCCGUUUUAUGUCUAUAGCCCCAUGAUUACUUUCA